AUGCUAAGAUAUAGAACACAAUUUUUUUUUCAGUUAUCUUACAAGGGCUCUCUUUGUCCUACAACACCAUAUUUAUUUGCCUCUUUGGUUAGGAUUUCAAUUUCUUCAACCAAAGCUAUUAUUUUAAAGGAUCAGAUUGGAAUAUCGAGAGUGAAAAUAGCACCUUUAUCCUGCUUUCUGCUUUUUCAUAAUAUCUUUUCGACCUUUUUUCAAGGGCGAUCGAAACAACAAUAUCACCUAAUAUAUCUACUAAAUGUUCUUCUAUACCUACUUCCAAGCACAUUUGGUCAAACCAUAUCUGGCUUGGAUACUGUGGUAGGCGAUACAGUUCUAAUUGAUGACUUGGUUAUUUCAAAUGACACCACCGGACUUUUUAUAGAAUCUGGUCUCCAUCAUUAUUUUUACGGUUCAAUAACCAAUGAUUUUGCACUAUGUAUAUAUGAUGAAACUGCUGGUGCAUCUGGUAUGGAUAUUAACUUCAUUGGUGAUGUCACUAAUGCAGGUAUACUAAUGAUGGAGGAUCCAAAUGCUUCCUCAGGCAUGGACAUUUCAAUUACUUCACCAUCAUUUAUGAACAUGGCAAUUGCGUACAUAUAUGCAAAUGACGGCACUACGGUUACAAUUGAUAGUGACGGUUUUACGAACGCCGGGAUUUUCGUCAUACAACCUGCAGAGCCCAACGACAAAGUUACUUUAACUGCGAGCGCAAUAACCAAUGAAGGUGCGUUGUGCUUAAAUUCUACUACUUAUGACCAAACUUCUGAGAUAACAGGAGGUGGUUGUAUCGUUCUGGUCGGUAGUUCCGAGUUGGUACUCUCAGAUCCGUCAGAAAUUGGGAACCAGGAAAUUUAUUUGGGUGAUUCUACGGCUUCAUUGACUAUGGAAGCAUUUACUGAUGCAACCAUAACGGUAUAUGGUUUUGGUAGUAACAAUACCAUAAAUAUACCUCAAGGGAUUGAUAGUUACAGCUAUGAUUCUACAACUGGUGUGUUAGAGGUUGUGACUAGUGAAGGUUCUUUCAGUUUUUCCAUUGGUACAGGUUAUACAGCCUCCUCUUUUAUGGCCACUGGAACGACUAUAAAAUAUACUGCUAAGGCUCCAAACAAAGCGUCAGCUAUGUGUACUAGCUGUACAGGACCCGCUAUGCACUGUGAUGAAUAUACCCAGUUUUCCACGGUUACGAACACUUACACAUAUAGUCCUUUACCCACAGAUUAUACUUUCACUUCAACAUUAUCUGGGGAGAGCUACUUUGAGGUUGACUUUAGGUCCUACUACUGGACAACAUCUGAUGGAACAAUUAUGACGGCCAGUUCAGAUUAUCUUAUCAGUGGCAGGUAUCCUCCAUCUACUGUUAGCUCUUCUGUUGCGCCAAGCUCCUCUUCAGUUACUGGUUCGUCAAGUGUAGUUAGCUCUUCUGUUGCGCCAAGCUCCUCUUCAGUUACUGGUUCGUCAAGUUCAGGUAGCUCUUCUGUUGUUCUAAGCUCCUCUUCAGUUGCUGGUUCGUCAAGUUCAGGUAGCUCUUCUGUUGCACCAAGCUCCUCUUCAGUUGCUGGUUCAUCGACCGAAUUAGCUUCGUCUGUUGGACCAAGCUCCUCUUCAGUUGCUGGUUCAUCGACCGAAUUAGCUUCGUCUGUUGGACCAAGCUCCUCUUCAGUUGCUGGUUCAUCAAGUGUAGUUAGCUCUUCGAUUGCCAGCUCUUCGGCUGUACCAAGCUCUUCCUCAGUUGCUGGUUCAUCAAGCGAAUUAGCUUCAUCAGCUGUACAAAGUUCUCUCUCUAUAGCAAGUUCCUUCGUUGUGAGUACGCCAAGUGAAAUGACUUCUUCAGCUAGCUCCUAUACUGCUGAAGCUACAUCUAUGAUUAAAUUAGCACACUACACUACCAUCAUUACUUCCGGUUCUUCUACCAUCACUGCUGUUGUUUCUGGAUACGAAACCACCGACUCUGCUGGUAGCACUUAUACUGCUACAUCUACAUAUCUGAUUGAUGCGUUAGCGCACUACACUACCACCAUUACUUCCAGCUCUUCUACCAUAACUGCUGUUGUUUCUGAAUGUGAAACCACCGACGCUGCCGGUAGCACUUAUACUGCUACGUCGACCUCUGUGAUUGAUGCAUUAGCACACUACACUACCACCAUUACUUCCGGUACUUCUACCAUCACUGCUGUUGUUUCUGAAUGUGAAACCACCGACGCUGCCGGUAGCACUUAUACUGCUACGUCGACCUCUGUGAUUGAUGCAUUACCAGCCCACACCACUAAGAUCGCUCCGGGCUCUUCUCCUGUCACAUCCACUGUGUGGAAUGAAUCGGUGGGAAGUAUUGAUGGUAACACAAAUCGUUCAAGAGCUACGUCAGCACACCCUACUCUCGCCAAUGAGCUUGCAACUGGCACCACUAUACUCGGUGAAAGUGACAGUGACACUGCAAAAGUGUUAUCGGCCUCUGCACUGGAAUCUACUACUGUGGAAUCAAGUAUUACCGCAGCCACAGGAUUUAGCGCUUCAUCCACUAGCGUAAAUAAUCCUAAACAACCUGCUGAUAAUGAAUAUUCAACAACAACGCUUAUUUCAAGCACAACCAGCGGUAUAAUUUAUCAGGGAAGUGCUCCUUCUAUAGUAAUGAGAAAAUCAUUAAAAGCUUUAGUGCAUUGCUUAUUCUUUGCGCUUUUUAUUAUUUGA